GACUCUGGUCGCGGAGGAGGAGAACACCACUCGACACACCGUGUCUUUUGCGGUGCCGUUGACGAGUGCUCAUCCUGCUUCGUCGAGUGUCGCACAACCUUCUCUCUUCACAACGCACCACGUCCCAGAGGACCAAGCCAGUGCUGCUAAGGAAGCGAUACGCCAAGCGGGGAUCAUGAUGGAGCAGGUGAAGGCCAUCCGGGAUGCGAGCCAGGCAGCUUACGACGCCAGUUCUGCCCUUCAAAGCAAUGUUCAGAAAUCCUGUGACCUCGCGGCUCGUUAUACCGAGCUGGAGCACAAGCACAUUCAGCUUGAGCUGGAUCUGAAGCUGGUUCAGGAGAAUCUGACGAAGGCGAAGGAGGAGACCAAAGGCAAGGUGAAGGAGGCCCAGAAGAAAAAAGACCUUGAGCUAUCUGAGAAGAUCAAGCUUGCUGACGAGAAGUUAGCUUCAGUCACCAAGCUCGAAGAAGAAAAUAUUAAUCUGAAAGGUGCUCUUGGGAUUGCCAACAAGGAAGUCAGUCGACUGAAAACUGACAAAGCUGCCUUGACCGACAAAGUCAGUCAGUUGACUGGGAAGAGAAAUGAUCUGGAGGCCUUCCUGAGUGGUCUUGCCAAGAAGCUGUUCCUUAUGCUCGAAGAAUUCUGCCAAAACUUUGAAGAGGAAACUAGUCGACUGGAGCCGAACUUGGACCCCGUCAACUCUCCAGUGACCGAUGAAGCAGCCAUGAAUGUGUUCCGCCUUGAGUCCCGUGUUGCCGCUGUUGUCGACUAUCUUGCAAGGCUGAAGGUCGCCACUUCUCGCAUCGACACCACGCUCUGGCCAUUUCAGCCCGGAGAGGCCGUGGCUCCGUGCUGCAGCACAACGACGCUGCUCAGCGCGUUGGCGGCAUCCUUCGCCUGCUGCUUCUUCCUCGUCGUCAUCUUCCUCUGCCUGCGCUUCCUCCACCUUCGCCGCACGCGGCGCCACAGCGCACAGCCCCUGCAAGGGCAGCCCCAGGCCCCACAGCCGAAGCACGGCCUCGACGCCGCCACCAUCGCGCUCUUCCCGUCCUUUCCGUACCGGCGGGACAGCUCGGCAUCGGCGCCGGACGAGUGCGCCGUGUGCCUCAGCGCGGUCGACGAGGGGGAGACGGUGAGGCAGCUCCCGAGCUGCAAGCACCUGUUCCACCAAGAGUGCGUCGACGUCUGGCUCCUCUCCAACGCGUCGUGCCCGGUCUGCCGUGGGAAGGUCGAGCGGGCCGCGGGCGCCGCCGCCGAUCAGCGCGAGAGAGCCGCGGCAUCAGCAGCCGUCGUGCCAAUUGAGAUGAUGGACGAUGAAACGCUGUCUCCGUCGCCGUCGACGUCAGAGCCGUCCGUGCCGGAGCGGCCGGGCUGGUUUGGGCGAGCCUCCGGCUCCCGCUCCGGCCAGGAAACGGACUUGGAGCGGCAAUAGCAGUCAUUGCCCGGGGAGUCCAGCACUCCUAGAUAUGAUUGCGCGAUCUGCUGAACUAGGUUCGUCAUUUGUAUAUGCAGAUUGCAGAGAGCUUGCUGGCAGCACGCAUUCUAUUCGGUCGGAGUAAACGAUCAGGAUUGCGACCCUAACUUGCACGCACACU